AGCAAUCAAAACAGGCCCACUACCACAAACUGCUCAGGUCACUGCCGAGACGAGACGAGGCAGCUGCUUGCUCAGAUCGGAGUUGCGGCGUCGGCUCCGAUGGCGAUCCGGCACUACUGGUUGAUGGCCGCGGCGGCCGUCGGGUUCCGCCUCGUCCUGGUACUCUUUGGCGGCGACCUCCAACUCGCCUCCCGUCCCGAGGUCUCCACCCCGCUCACCUCCCUCCGCCGCCUUGCGGAAGGCUACUGGCUGAAGCAGGCGUCCAUGUCGCCGUACUCUGGUUCUAUGUAUCAUGGUUCCCCUUUGCUGCUAUUUGUUUUUGGUCCGUUAACUAAGAACAGGUCUGAUGGAAAACAGGCUCAUAUUUAUUGCAGUUUGAUUUUUGUGGCUGUAGAUUUUCUAGCUGCCAUGCUCAUCCGAGCUACUGGGCAUAGACUCCAAAUGACACGGAACAGAAGCUUCAAGUCACUUGACCUCACAAAAGCCGUUAAUAAUUCAGCUAAUGUAAGCGCUGGAGAUGUUGCUUCUCUCAUAUAUUUGUGGAACCCUUGGGCAAUAGUCACUUGUGUGGGUUCAUGUACAUCACCAAUCGAGAAUUUAAUGGUUGUGAUAAUGAUAUAUGGAGCCUGUUCACGUCUGGCUCCUCUUGCUGCCUUUGGAUAUGUUAUGGCCGCACAUCUCUCUCUUUAUCCUGCAAUUCUCAUUGUUCCGGUCAUUCUUUUGUUGGGGUAUGGUCCAGAUACUCCUCCAACAAAAGUAUAUCUUCUAAAAGGCUCAAGUGCCAGUAAAAAUGGCAUGCCAGACAAUGAUAAAAGAAAUAACCUAAGAGCUGUUCAACAAUUCUCAUUGAAACCAGUGCUUCACUUCAUAUUUUGGGUGUUUAUCUGGUCAUGCUAUGUGUUGCUAUUGAGCAGCAUAAUUCUGAAGAAGUUUGGUGGCCUCCACGAGAUGUUUGAAAAGACCUAUGGUUUUAUCCUUACAGUGAAGGACCUCUCACCAAAUAUUGGUGUUUUAUGGUACUUCUUUGCUGAAGUCUUUGACUUCUUCAGAAAUUUCUUUCUUAUGGUCUUCAAUAUGAACAUUAUUUUUAUGGUCUUACCAUUGGCCAUCCGUUUGAAGCAUCGCCCGUGCUUUCUUGCGUUUGUUUACACAACAAUUGUCGCGAUGUUAAAAUCUUAUCCCUCGGCUGGAGAUUCUGCUCUGUAUCUAGGUCUUCUGGGCUUAUUUGCCAACGAAUUAGCAGAAAUGCAGUUCACCUUCUUCUUAUUUUUCGGAUAUGUUGGAGUGUGUCUCCUUAGCCCUGUCAUGCACAAUCUGUGGAUCUGGAGGGGCACUGGUAAUGCAAAUUUCUACUUUGCCACCGGUUUGGCUUAUACUUGCCUCCAGACUGUACUGGUCGUCGAGAGUGUAAGUUCAAUGAUAAAGCAUGACAGAAAGCUAAGACAACUUGUGACAACUUAAUUUCGCCCAUGGGAUUCUCAGAAGCUUGACAACUCCGAAGGUUUUCUUGCGAUUUUGUUUCUGGUGCUGUUGGAUGCAAACGGCUGGCCUUCUGGAGCUGUUGCAUGCAAACGGCUAGUCAUUUUGGAGCUUGGAGUAGAUGUAGUUAUGUAGGAUGAUGUAUUGUACCACCCACAUUUGUACAAUAUGAAGACCACAAUUCUUUUACAAAGAUUAACGGAACACAACAGGGCUCUCCAUCGGCCUAAUUCUGCUCA